AUUUGUGGCUGACUGUCACCCUCUGCCGCAGCCUCAAUGCCACACGUGCACUUAAGCUCUAACAUCAAUCAAUCAAUUUCUUUUUUCCUUCUCCUGUGAAACGAAGAAAACAAACUUGUGUGAUUCAUUCAUUCAUCAAUCGAUACCAUCAGAAGUAGUAGCAGACUAACAGUUUGUAGUGUCUCAUCACUCACCCAUUCAUUUAUUACCAUUUCCACCCCCUCCCCUCCCCUUGGUUUCGUUCUGUCUUUCCAAUCACUAGCUGUCGGUGAUUCCUGUUAGUUACCCUUCAUUUCCAUUGAUCGGAUCGGACUCUCCCCUUCUCUCUAUCUCGCAUUUGUGCAGGAGGUCUGUUUUAUUUUUUUUUAAUUUUCUUACAUACGAAUGAGUUGAAAUGGAUUUAGAUGAUGUGGAGGAAACCAGAGAAGUAAUAACAAUUUACAUACAGAGGUAGAGAGGAAGAGGAAAAGGAAGAGGUGGGUUUUCUUCUCUUGCUUUUGGCGUAAGGAAGCAAAGCACAAAAAAGGCAAACAUGAUUGUGAAUAAGCCGUUGGUGUUGACUUAUCUCUACCUUUUGAUUUACAUUUUGCUUUCGUCUGGAGUCAUUUUGUACAACAAGUGGGUGCUCUCACCAAAAUAUUUCGACUUUCCAUUUCCCAUUACACUUACGAUGAUUCAUAUGGGGUUUUCAGGGGCUGUAGCCUUUUUCCUUAUUCGUGUAUUUAAGGUUGUAUCUCCAGUCAAAAUGACUUUGGAAAUAUACAUAACCUGUGUUGUGCCAAUAAGUGCCUUCUUUGCAGCAAGUCUUUGGUUUGGCAACACAGCUUACUUGUACAUCUCAGUAGCCUUCAUCCAGAUGCUCAAAGCUCUAAUGCCUGUGGCAACAUUUAUCAUGGCUGUUAUGUGUGGCACUGACAAAGCAAGGUGUGACGUGUUCUUAAACAUGUUGCUCGUCAGUGUUGGAGUUGUCAUCUCAUCAUAUGGGGAAAUUCAUUUUAAUGUAGUUGGCACACUUUACCAGGUCACGGGCAUCUUUGCAGAAGCUCUUAGGCUGGUUUUAACUCAAGUUCUUCUACAGAAGAAGGGCUUGACCCUAAAUCCAAUCACCAGCUUAUAUUACAUAGCUCCAUGCAGUUUUGUUUUUCUGUGUGCUCCUUGGUAUGUACUGGAGAAGCCUGGGAUGGAAGUUUCACAGAUUCAGUUCAACUUUUGGAUCUUCUUUUCCAAUGCUCUUUGUGCGUUAGCCUUGAACUUCUCUAUAUUCUUAGUAAUUGGUAGAACUGGGGCAGUCACCAUCCGAGUUGCUGGUGUGCUAAAAGACUGGAUACUCAUAGCCCUUUCCACCAUCAUAUUCCCAGAGUCUACAAUAACUGGGCUGAAUAUAAUCGGUUAUGCAAUUGCACUUUGUGGUGUUGUUAUGUACAACUACUUGAAGGUUAAGGAUGUCCGUGCAUCUCAGGUCCCUGAAAACAUUUCGGAUAGAAUAGCAAAGGAUUGGAAAUUGGAGAAGUCAUCUGAUACAUUCACACCUAAUAACAGCAGUGAUAACAAUGGAGGAGGUGGCGGGGGAAAUAUUUCUUCCUCUGAUAUGAAUGUUGAUGAAGAAGCACCUCUAAUUCCAUCAUCAAGAUUGUCGCACUUUGGUCGUACACAGCUUAGCAAGUAGCGAUCACACUGUAUGAUUUUUGAGCCCGAAGAUACAACUGAACUUAUUUCAAGAGAAAAACAGGAGGCGAAGAAGCCAGUCUUAGAGAAGAUGCUUUCAUUCUUUGUUUGUUUCUUUUUGGGUAAAUGAGUAGCAAAGCGGAGGGCAAUUUAUUGUAACUACACUUGUAGCAUGUGCAUUCAUCGUUGUCGUCAUAUAGCUUAUGCAGGUGGUAUCUUAGGAACCAUAGCUCUCCUUAAUAUAAUUAUUGCUGUUGAUUUGGAUACCAUUUUUAGGAGGGUAUGCAUGGGGUUAGUAUGUGUAUUUUCUAUUCCAGUUGAAUUAGAUUUGACAGUUAUUCAUAUUCAUGGGUGGAACGGGGUUUUUUUUUU